UUUUCCCUGCACUGAGCACUCACUGUUGUUGAGGGACAAGGGGCUUCGUAUUUUCUAUUUCUAAGUCUUUUCAUCUUGGAAAAACAACACUAUCGUUGGAGAUUCGCUUUGUCUGAUUCGUCCCCUCAUGUCGUGGUGGAAUUUUUAAGCUGUUGAGGAAAAAACGUUGUGCACUCCCAAGGAUUCACCCAGUUUCCUCUUUUGUACGCAUCCUUCUCUUCAAGGUGGGAUGAAUUUGGACAGAAUCGCAGAGGCAGUGAGAGCCCCGCCGGCCCGCGACGUGGCCCCCGCGUUUCAUUUACCGAGAACUUCCAACAGCAGUCGAGAAACUUUAGAGAACUCAAGCAGCGAGUCUUCAGACACAGAGUUGCCAGAAAAGGAGAGAAGCGCUGAACAAAGGAGCGAUGACGGGAACGCGGAUGAUCCGAAGAAGAAGAAGCAGCGGCGGCAGCGGACUCACUUCACCAGCCAGCAGCUGCAGGAGCUGGAAGCCACUUUCCAGAGGAACCGCUACCCAGACAUGAGCACCAGGGAGGAAAUCGCUGUGUGGACCAACCUGACCGAGGCCAGAGUCCGGGUGUGGUUCAAGAACCGCCGGGCUAAGUGGAGGAAGCGGGAGCGCAACCAGCAGAUGGACCUGUGCAAGAACAGCUACCUGCCGCAGUUCAGCGGCCUCAUGCAGCCCUACGAAGACAUGUACCCGGCCUACACCUACAACAACUGGACCAACAAGGGCCUCACUCCGGCGCCUUUAUCCACCAAGAACUUCACCUUCUUCAACUCCAUGAGCCCCCUCACCUCGCAGUCCAUGUUCUCCGCUCCUAACUCCAUCUCCUCCAUGACUAUGGCGUCCGGGAUGAGUCACUCCGCCGUGACGGGAAUGCCCACCCCGGGCCUCAACAACAUCAGCAACCUGAACGGGAUCGGUACAUCCGGGAUCAACUCGGCCAUGUCGUCGUCCGCAUGUCCAUACGGGCCCCCCGGCUCUCCGUACAGCGUUUACCGGGACACUUGUAACUCCAGCCUGGCCACCCUCAGACUAAAAUCCAAACAGCAUCCAACUUUUGGAUACAGCAGCCUGCAGAGUCCCGGAUCCAGCCUGAACGCCUGUCAAUACAACAGCUGACGGGCAAACAAGCCUAAAUCCUAUCUACAACUAUAAAUAAAUAUAUAUGUGUUGAACGGACACGGUGUCAAAGCUUUCAGGCUAUACCUGCGGAUGGGGGGGGGGGGGGUCAAAUACAACUAAACUGGAUUAGUUGCAGACAGAUUCAAAAAAAAAAAAGGAGAGAAAAAGGAUUAUGCGGGUUAAAUGUGUUUACCGAUGGACUUGAACAGCAAUUGAAAGGUCCAUUUUUGGGGAUUUAAAAAAUGAUGAAGACUUGUUACAUUGCUGCAUUGUACAUAUAAAAAAGUGUAAAUAUAUACAGGUCUAACGUAUAAAACAGACGAUGGGAUUUUUUUUUUCUUUUUUUGUGCUUGCUUGCUUUUCAGAACAGCUUGCGGGGUCUCGAUUUACAUAAGGUUUUGCAAGAAAAAUAUAUAUAAAGUUUCGUGCAUAUCAUGAAUCCAGACUCAAUUAGAGAAAGGUAGCCUAUAUUGUACAUAUAUUAUACCGCUUCUGUGUGCUUUCUAUUAACCGUUUGCAGACUCCCACCGGCCCGUUUGACUCCAUGACGCCUCCCGUUUAGUGAUUUUACUUUGAAAUGUUUUUACAUGUUGUUUGUUGAAUAGAAAACUCCGCAUGUUUAAACUUGAAUGCAACGUAUUUUGUACGAUAAUGUAAGUGUUUGCAGAGCUAAGUUCAUUAGCCUAAAGUGUAUACAAAAGGUGAUUCAAAGUCCCCAUGUGCUUAUGUUAACAUGUUUGUUUGAAUAAACUCCAGGA